CAAUCGUCAAGAUCGCUCCCGUGAUCGUCCAUUCUUUCGUUUGCCGCUAAAACUCAGGCCAGGCCAUUGAAUCCAUUGUCAGCAUCAAUUUCCCUUGAAGUUCAAUCCUCAAAGUCCCACCAUGGCUGUUCGAUCUCUUGUCGCGACUCUCCUUUUGGCCUCCGCGGCCUUGGGCAAGACUGACCUUGCCGGCUGCACUUACACCGACAUCGUCGUCAGGCCCACUGACCGACCUGCCUACGAUGCCUAUGCCAGCCGCAUCUGGUACGUUCCCGGCACUGGCGAGCUCUGCGACUUCCUGGACUGCGGUGGCGGCCGAGCUCCCCCCAAGACCGAUGUCCCCGGCUGCCCUCUGUACUCCGGCACCGCGACCUACUCGCCCAGCUACCUCAACCUCCAGACCAAGGCUGCGGCUGCUGGUGAGGGUCAGGCCACUGCCACCGGCUCAUCUGGCGCCACAACUACCGGCGAGUCCCAGGUGACGAGCAAGGCCACUACCGCCCCGGCCACGACCGCUCCGGCCACGACCUUGGAGACGACUGUGUCCAAGACGGCCUCUGAGACCGAGUCGGCUGCUCAGACCACCGCCGCCCCCGUCAAGUCGAGCGCCUCAAGCUCAUCCACAGUGACCGCUUCCCAGGGCCUGACCACCGGUGCCCCUGGCCGUAACGGCACCGUCACUGGCGCUCACCCAACCAGCACAUUUACCACCAACGGCGCCGCUCCCACUGCUGUUGCCAUUCUUGGAUCCUGCCUGAUUGCUGGUGUUGCGGCCUGUGUUGGAAUGCUGUAAGGAGAUGGCAUGUGUUGUCUGCUUGUGAAGGAAAUUCCAUCACGAGGGCCAAGUCAUGUAGAGAAGGAGAUGGAGAUGGAGGUAGAGAUGGAUGGGAUGGGAAUCAAUAUUCAAGGAAACCCUUCCGUGGGGACUGUUUGACAAU